AUGUCUACCCAAGUUAACAGACCAACCGACUUGAAGCAAAAGGAUGCUGAUGUCAAUCGCAAGCUUCAAUUCUAUGGCAUUGCUUCUGCAUUCCAAGCUGGCAAAGUCCCAUCCAACGAGCAAAUCGACAUCGCACUAAACAGUUUUCUGGCCUCCAAAGCUCUCUCACACCCAUCUCCAGCGCUCUCCACUGAAGGAAAAGCUCUCGUUGCCGACGUCCGCGAUGUCGUCUCGCAGGCGAAAUACCUGUUGUUGACCAAGAACGAAGGCAACCUGUUGCAGGACUUCAUCUGGCAGAGCCAGAAGGUCGAUGGUAGUAAUUCAAGGCUUCCGGGUGCGCCUGUUGGUGCUGAGCAGGCCAAGCAGCAUGGCAAUGAGGCCUUGGAGGGCCUGAGGACGCUUGGGACGCUUAUUAUCACCAAUGGCCAGUUCCGAAAGCUUCUGAACGAUGCUACUAUCUUGAUCCGCGAUAUUGCUGGGGAUGCUGCCCAGAAGGCUGCCAACAGUGUGAACCCUAGUGAGGAUCAAUUGUCGCAGAUCGACAAACCAGCUGAUGACAAUGUCUGGCAUGAUAAGCCUAAUAUUUCCACCGGAGGCCUAAAGAACCAGAUCAAGUCUGCAGUCCCUGUCGGCAAGAAGGAUUUCAGGCAAGACGCUGCUGGCGAUGCUAGCCAAAGUGCUCACCCAGAUGGCUCCAGAGACCCUGCAGAUGUCGCUAGUACGGCUGGUGAGCAAUCAUCAUAUGACGCCAAAUCAGGUGCUCAAGCUGGAGCUUUCUCCGGCGCAUCUACACUCAAGGAUCGUGCCAACCAGAACAUCUCCGAUGAAGACAAACAGAAGGUCAAGGAUAAGUCUGCCGAGCAAAAGGAGCGUACUAGGAAUUAUCUCUCCAGCAAGAUGCCCCAAGAGCGUCGCGAGCAGACCAUCUGGCGUCUUAAGAAACUCGUUGUCGAGAUCCAAGGUCACCCGGAUUACCAGCAAGCAAUCAACACCCUUCUUAAUCUGGCAGAGCAAUACGCAGGUCAUGCAAACACAAUUGGUGCACACUCAACUGGCACAGUCAAAGAUGCUCACACCGACGACUCGCUUCAGCGCGCGGAAGCAGAUUUAAAGGUAUUUCCACAAUUUGUACAUGCAAGCAAGCCCAUGCUGACUAGUUGCAAGACACUCAUUGAGAGAUUCGCCAAUGGCACUUCUACCAAUGAUCUUUUCGAGGCUAUCAACAAUAUCUACCGUGAUGCCGACAAGGACCCAGAAUUGAAGAACUGGUUCAAGAGUGUUGACAAGUACAUCAGAAAGGUUUUGAAGCAGCAGGGUUACAUCAUGGAAGACUCCGCCACCGAAGAGUGGAAUGCGCUCUAUGACCGUGGAAACUUCCUCCUCCGGGACCGUUACCGCAACCACACGGACCGCAUUGUCGACGAGACUAAGUUUCUUGCAGAUCAAUUUGAGAGGGACACUCAAAACAAAAAGUUCGGCGAAUCUGUGCAAAAGUUGUUCACCGAUCUCGGCAAUGAUGAAAAUGGAAAGCCCACUUUCAAACCUCACUUGAUCAAGGAUCUCACCGAGGUCAUCCUUCCUGCUGCCUUUGAGAGCAUCCAAUAUGUGCCCAUCCCCAGAAUGGAGUUCAGUGAUCCUCAGUUUGAUGCUGUCAUUGAGAACUUGGUCAUCGAGAGUGACAACCUCAUGCCAAACAUCUUCGAAUUCGCAACUGACAACUAUUUCCGCUACGGUCGUAAGAAGAUCGCCAAUAAGAACCACAACGCAAUCACCUUGUCUGUGUCUGGCAUUCAGAUGGAUCUAAGAGACGUUGCAUACUACAUCAAGAGAAAGCAAGGCAGCCCCAAGUUGACCGACCAAGGUGUCGCAGACAUCUUCCUUGGUGGUUCUGGAUUCAGCUUCAAGAUCAAGGCUUCGACUGCCGAGAAGUCUGACAAGCAAAACUUCUUCAAGAUCGACAAAGUUGAUGUUGAUGUUAAGAACUUCAACAUUAAGCUCAAGCAGUCCAAGUACAAGCUCAUCUUUGGCUUGUUCAAGUCUGUUAUGUUGAAGUUUAUGCGUCCCGCUCUUCAAAAGGUUCUCGAGAAGGUUAUCAAGGACAAAGCACAUGAGCUUGAUAGCAUCCUUUACAAGGUCAAGAUCGAGGCAGACCGUGCUUUAGAACAGGCCAAGAAUAACCCCGAGGAAGCCCAGAAUAUCUACCAAAGAUACGUCAACGCAGCCCAGAAGCAGUUUAUGCAAGGAAAACAGAAGGCCGAUGAAGUCGCAUCGAAUACCAAGGUCAACGUGGCUAUGACCCAACAUGACUCCAUCUUCCCCAACAUCAAGUUGCCAGGCGGAAUUUCCUCCAAGGCUACUGAAUGGAAGGAGAUGGGCUUGAAGGGCUCCACUUGGGAGUCACCCGUCUUCAAGCUCGGCUCCGGAUCUAUCUCAAAUGACAUUCCCCAUGCUCCUCAGGUCCACAGAAAGGACCAUGCCGUGACUGAGGGCGGUGUCCGUGGACCCCAAAACGUUGGUAACACCAGUGGUAUUACUACCGGUGGCUCCAGUGGUCCUGCUUCUGGUACUACCGGUAUCUCUAGUGGCACUACUUCUGAUACUACCGGGAUUUCCAGCGCUUAUAGUUCUGGUACUGCCGGUACCUCCAACGGCAAUGGUCACGCCUUCAGUAACCAGGUCGACCAAGCUUUCGGUGCAGAGAGAACCCCAACUGCUCUUCACGGAAACGGAACCAACGGUUCUUCCAAUGGCAAGAACGUGACCGGUACUACCCUCGGUGCUAACAACCCUGUCAUCACGGGCUCUGUCUAA